AUGGAUUCUAAUCCAUUUAUACAGAGUUCAAACUUUGUUGAGCUUCUUAGCCAACAAAGUAUUUCAUUUGCUAACUAUGAAGAUAGUACACCAUCUUCAUCUCGAGUUCCUCCUCUACGCACUGAUGAUGUCGGGAACGUAGGGAACGAUGUUGGCGAACGUCGGGAACGAAGGACGUGGACACCGACUGAUGAUGUUGUGUUGAUCAGCUCGUGGCUUAACACGAGUAAGGAUCCAGUGGUGGGUAACGAGCAAAAAUCAGGCGCCUUCUGGAAGAGAGUCGCAGCUUACUUUGGGGCAAGUCCGAAGCUUGCUGGCUGCGAGCAGAGAGAGCCUAGCCACUGUAAGCAAAGGUGGCACAAGAUUAACGACGUGGUGAGCAAGUUCUGUGGGUGUUAUGAAGCCGCAACGAGAGAGAAGGCUAGCGGAUGCAAUGAGAAUGAUGUCCUGAAGCGAGCCCAUGAAAUUUUCUACAAUAACCAGAAGAAGAAAUUCACCCUUGAGCAUGCUUGGAAGGAGUUAAGGAACGAUCAGAAGUGGUGUGACCUUGCCACUGCGAAAACUGAUGGAAGCUCUAAGAAGAGGAAGUGUGAUGAUAGUGAAGAUUCAUCAAGCUCGCAAGCUACUGGAUCCAAGCGUCCAGCGGGUAUGAAGGCUGCAAAGGCCGGUGGUAAGAAGACUAUGGCAGAGGAGGAGCAAACAAACAAAUAG